AGACUAUGCAACAUAUAGCUAGCUAAUAUAAUUACAGAGAUGCUCAUACAAGUUGCAUUAAUGUAGUAACAGGGUAGCGUCAGAGGGCUAAUUUCCCUUUGGCUUUAUAAACAGAGCGGUCCGUCCAUUCUAGCUAGCCCUUUACCAGUACGAGCAGCAGGAGCAACAUCCAGUUCAUCUUGAAGCAAAAAGCAGCGAACAUGGCGAUGGUCCUGGAUGCUUUUGCAUCCUACAUGCAAAACAUGCUCACGGAGAUGGUGAAGGAAGAGGUGUACAUGCUGCUUGGAGUCGGAGACGAGAUUGAGAGGAUGGAUGUCAAGCUAAGGGACCUAAAGAACUUCCUUGCGGACGCUGACAGGAGAAACGUCACCGACAAGAGCGUGCAAGAGUGGGUGGCCCAGCUCAAGCGUGCCAUGUAUGAAGCUGCCGACAUCCUCGACCUCUGCCAGCUCAAGGCCAUGGAGCACCGUCUGUCCACUAAAGAUGUGGGGUGCUUCAACCCCUUGCUCUUCUGCAUGCGGAAUCCCUCCCAUGCCCACGACAUCGGCACCCGCAUCAAGGUGGUCAACAAGAGGCUCGGCGUCAUCAAGGAGCGAAGCGCUGCUUUUAGCUUCAUCCCUCUUGGUUCCUAUGAGGAUCGUAGCAGCAAGGUGCAAGCCUCUCAUUCUGGAAAUAAGAGACGUGAGACAUCAGGGGUGUUUGACCGGUCAGGCGUAGUCGGAGAGAAGAUCGAACAAGACACAAGAAAGCUGGUUGAGAUCAUGCUGAGUGAAAAGGAGGGCAACACCAACAUCAUGGUGGUCGCCGUUGUUGGUGUCGGCAGAAUCGGCAAGACCACUCUUGCCCAGAAGGUCUUCAAUGAUGAAGCCUUGAACAACGAGUUUGAGAAGACGAUAUGGUUGAGCAUCAACAAGGACUUCGACGAGGUGGAGUUGCUCAGGACUAUAAUCACGCAAGUGGGGGGAGUACAUGGUGAUGAAAAGGCGUUGGCUGUGCUUGAGCCAAUCCUUGCCACUACCUUGAAAGGGAAGAAGCUAUUCAUAGUGCUAGAUGAUGUUUGGAACCAUGGAGCAUGGGAUGAUGUGCUUAAAACACAAUUGACUAAUGUCGUGGCUCGAGGUAGCCGAGUCCUCGUCACUACUAGAGAUCAAACAGUAGCUCGAAGGAUGAAAGCUGUGCUUCCCUACCACCAUGUGGACAAAUUAGAGGAGGAUGCCUGGUCAUUGCUCAAGAAGCAGGUAGUUAAUUGCUUGCAGAUAAUAUCAAGUGAGAUUGAUGACCAUGAAAUGGAUAUGCUCAAGGAUAUUGGAGUACAAAUUGUAGCAAGAUGUGAUGGUUUGCCUCUUGCUGUCAAAGUAAUGGGAGGACUCUUGUGUCAGAGGGACAUAAAACACCGUGAGUGGGAGAUGGUUUUGAAUGAUUCUAUAUGGUCGAUAUCUGGAAUGCCCGAAGGGCUAAACAAUGCAGUAUAUUUAAGUUAUGAAGACUUAUCUUCUUCUGCCAAACAAUGCUUUCUACACUACUCCCUUCUCCCUAAAACUACAGUGUUUUAUAGCGAUGAAAUCAUUGGCAUGUGGAUUAGUGAAGGAUUUCUUCACGGGACCUCGGAUGACUUAGAAGAACUAGGAAGCAAGCACUAUAAAGAGCUGAUACUGAGGAAUCUUAUAGAGCCAGAUACAAAGUACAUUGAUCAAAAUGUUUGCUACAUGCAUGAUGUUGUACGCUCAUUUGCUCAAUUUGUGGCUAGAGAUGAGGCACUAGCAGCUCACAGUGGAGAAACUAAUAUUGUUAAUAAACUUACUGCACAUGGGUUUCUUCGGUUAUCUCUAGAAAGCAAACCAUCAGAAUCAGAUGGAUUAGACUGGAGUUCUUUGCAAGCACAAAAGACAUUAAGGGCACUAAUAUCAGUUGGCCAUAUAAAUAUUAAGCCUGGUGAUUCGUUGGUUCAUUUCCCAUGCCUACGAACUUUACAUAUAGAUUCUAAAGAUGUUGUAGCAUUGCUUCAAUCUUUGCAUAAGCUCAAGCACCUGAGGUACUUGUCCCUCACAAACAAUGAUAUAUCUAGUCUGCCAGAUAGCAUUGGAAAGAUGAAAUUGUUGAAGUACAUUAGCCUUAGAGGAUGCAAACAGUUUGUGGAACUUCCACGUAGCAUUUUAAAGUUAGGGGAGCUAAGGUAUUUUAACUUCAGUGGAACCAGUAUAAGUGGCAUACCUAGGGGGUUCUGUGCUCUAACAAACUUGAGGUUAGUAUAUGGGUUUCCAGUUUCGGUGGAUGGUGAUUGGUGCAGUUUGGAAGAGUUGGGCCCUCUUUCUCGGCUCAGACGUCUUGGAAUACAUGGGUUGGAGGAUGUAACUAUUUCCUCAUCCGCAACAAAGGCAAAGCUUGGUGAAAAGGUGCAUCUUACCAGACUGUCCUUAGAUUGUGGUAGAAGAUUGGGAGAUGAUGGGAUGAUUAAAGAUGAAGAUAGUGUCUCUGUGGAAGAGCAACAACGAAUUGAGACGGUGUGUGAUGAGCUCCGUCCUCCACCCAGCUUACAUAAUCUUGAAAUCAAUGGAUAUUUUGGCCGACGGCUACCAAGGUGGAUGAUGUCAUCAUUAGUUGUGCCCCACAAUAGCUUGAGGAUUUUGUUCAUUAACGACCUGGUUUGCUGCACACAGCUUCCUGAUGGCUUGUGUCAGCUCCCCUAUUUAGAGUUCUUUCAGAUCAAGCGUGCUCCAGCCAUCAAGCGUGUUGGACCUGAAUUCAUGCAGUCCUACCAUCACCAAAGUCCUAGUUCUUCCCAGGUGUUGGCUGCAUUUCCGAGACUGCAUGAGAUGAAUUUAAUUGGAAUGGUGGAAUGGGAGGAAUGGGAGUGGGAGGAGCAAGUGCAAGCCUUUCCUGCUGUAACACCCCGGAUGUAACUUUCCCUAUUUGUACUCCAACUCUUGCCGUUUCCGGCAUUAAGUUAUAUUUAUUUCCUCGGGUUCGGGUUUUGUCUC